AUGUUGUGCGGCCCGACCAACCGCCUCGAGGCCCCGGCCAUGUACUCGCGCGCCGACCCGGCACCUGCGAGCGGCGACGGCGCCAUCUACAUGAACCUGGCCUCGCAAGAGUCCAAGCUCGACGUCAUGACGCUCAUCGAGAGCCUCCAAAAGACGGUUGCAGCGCACCCCAACCGCCCGUUCCUCGGCCACCGCCCGAUCAAUGCCGACGGCGCCGCGGGUCCGUACGUAUGGCAGACGUACGGCGAGUGCGCAACGCGUAUCGAGAACCUUGCCAAGGGCCUCCUCAAGCACAAGAUGGUCGACGCCUCGGAGCAAGGCCACAAGUUCCUCGGCAUCUACAUGAAGAACCGACCCGAGUGGGUGCUCUCGCAGUACGCUGCGUUCUUUGCCGGCGCGAUGGUUGUGCCCAUCUACGACACGCUCGGCGCCACGUCGACGACGUACAUCCUCAACCAAACGCUCGUGGGUACCGUCGUCUGCACCUGCGCUGAGGUCGAGAGCCUCCUCGCCAAGGCGUCUGGCGCACCGACACUGCGUCACAUCGUCCUCGCCGACGUCACGGUGCUCGAGGCGUCGCUCGCCGAGCGCGUGUCGGCGGCGGGUCUGCAGCUCUGGACGCUCGGUGACAUUGAAGCGGCCGGCGCCAUGGAGACGGAGGCACCGCCGGCAUCGGCCAAGCCCGACGAUGUGUGCAUGCUCAUGUACACGAGUGGCACGACGGGGGAUCCCAAGGGUGCGAUGAUCACGCACGGCAACCUCAACGCCGUGCGCUACGGCAUGGUCGAGCAGCUCUGCAUGUCGCCGUCCGUGGCCACCAUGCUCCACGGGGAGCCGAGCGUUCUGUCGUUUUUGCCCCUUGCGCACGUUGCCGAGCAGACGAUGCACGCCGCCUACGUUUACCUCGGCGGCGCCAUUGGCUUCUCCCAAGGCAACACGCUCAAGCUCGUCGAGGACGUCCAGGCGCUGCGCCCGACGUUCUUCCUCGCCGUGCCCCGGCUCCUCAACAAGAUGUACGACAAGAUCACUGAAGGCGCGGCGGCGGCCGGUGGCGUCAAGGCCUGGCUCUUCCAGACCGCGCUCAACACCAAGCUCGCCAACCUUGCGCAGGGCGAGACGUCCCACGCUGUCUACGACGCGCUCAUCUUUUCCAAGCUCAAGGCUAAAUUGGGCCUCGACCGCUGUGCGCUUUUGGCCACGGGCGCGGCGCCGCUUCCGGCGCACGUGCUCUCGUUCUUCCGCGUCUUCCUCGGCUGCACGUGCACCGAGUUGUACGGCCAGACCGAGACGACGGGCGCGACCAACUUGACUGACUUUCGUGAUCUCGACGCCGGUACCGUUGGCUCGCCCAUGGUGACGGCCGACGUCAAGCUUGUCUCCGUGCCCGACAUGGGGUAA